AUCCUUUGUGUCGAGCAGUGAAGGACUACUGCAAUCCUUGCUAAACGUUCAAAGUGUCUGACGAUCGUAGAAUUCUGACGAUUGAUGCUCGAAAAAAAUAAAAAAAAUCUCUCGGCAACUCGUGCUUCGACGGACCGAACUGCCAUCAUCCGCUAGACCUGAUUUGAAACGCGGUGCAGAAGAACGAAAUUGGAUUAUUCAGUUUUAUCGCGACUGUAAAUUUAAAUUUACGAUCAACUUUUAUGGAUUAUUUUAUCAGGAUCAUUUAAUUUAAAAGAAAAAAAGAACACAGAAGAGAGAACAGAGCCGGGUGAAGAAAACGGGUCGCGCCGCAACGCAAAAGAAACAGAUCGAGAGGUGUUUUUUGUUGUUAUUAUGUGUGCGUCGUCGCCAUCGUCGUCGUAGCCCCAUCGUUGGGAUGAGUGUUGAGUGCUGUAGAAGAACGUACGUGGAAGGGAAAAAAGGAUUCGGUCAAGUUUUUCGAAAGUGAUCUCCCGACGCAGCGCAAGGAAAAAGUGAAGAAAGGAAAAUAAAUUGAUAACGAAAUAAGAUAAUGUGAAGUGAAAUUUAUUCGCCUCUUUAAGCGUUGAUAAAGGGCAAAGCAGAGCGAAAAGGUGAAGAAAACGCACCGAAAACAACGAUCAUCGGGAUCAAAACAGAGCGAGUGAGGUCUCGAAUCUCGCUCGGAAGCAGCAUCUGGUUCGGGAAAGACAGUGCAAAGCGAACAGUGAAACAAUUAUUUAAUCAGACAUGUCCAGAGCAAAUGUAGCGGUGUUUUCCAAAUUAGUUGCCGAUUAAAACGCGAGUGUAGUGAAUGGGGUUGAAAUCAAUCUAGAAAGCGAAAACAAACAAGUGGGGCCACCCCAAGUGACCCUGGGCUUCAAAAUUGCCACCCUACGAAGAUGCGUCCCUCGCCGGCCUUGCUGUCGGUCCUGUUUGGCACCAUUUUCGGUGUCUUUGGUGCAUCGCUGAGCAAAUCGCUCCUAUCGCAAGCCCCCGACGAAUGCCGGUGGUCCGGUUACAGUGAAGACGAUCUAACCCUCGUGUGUAGACUAAGAACUAUCAACAGUGAACUGGAGAAUACAAACUUUAGCGUGCUUCAUCCGGAAAAUACCGUCCGACUGCGGUUGCAGUGCAACGAUGGAUUGUUUUUCCAAUCCAGCCUUAGCCCGGGCAGCUUCCGGCAGUUGUCCGAACUACGAUCACUCUCGAUCGAGUACUGUAAAAUAGCAAACCUUAGCGAUGGUUCCUUCCGGGGUCUCAAGGAGCUGACGAACCUGACCCUGCGAACGCACAACACCGAUUGGUCAUCGGUCAGUUUGGAAAUCGCACCGCAUGUCUUCAACUCCGAGCUAUCGAAGCUCGAACGGCUAGACCUCAGCCAGAACAACAUGUGGUCCCUACCGGAUGGCUUGAUCUGCCCACUUACCAAGCUCCAGUAUCUCAAUGUGACGCAGAAUCGUCUCAGGGAUCUAUCGGUAUUUCACUUCAGUGCUUCCCUCAGUACGCGACUGUCAAAAAAGUGCGGUGGAGCAGUCACGGUACUUGAUCUAUCCCACAACAACAUCGAUAAUCUACCACCGGCCAUCUUCUCCGGACUAGGGAAGCUCACAGAACUCCGUCUCCAGAAUAACGGGCUCAACUUCAUCGCCGAUCGAGCACUGGAAGGACUCCUCUCACUAUCGAAAUUGGACAUUUCCCUAAACCGACUAUCUAACCUUCCCCCAGAACUCUUCUCCGAAGCCAAGCACAUCAAAGAGAUCUAUCUUCAGAACAACAGCAUCAACGUUCUGGCCCCAGGAAUUUUCAGCGAACUCCAACAACUCCUAGUCCUCGACCUCUCCAACAAUGAACUCACCUCCGAGUGGAUUAACCCUGCCACCUUCAAGGGCCUUUCUCGUCUCAUCCUCCUGGAUCUGACAAAUAACAAAAUCUCCAAGCUUGAACCGGCCAUCUUCCGAGAUCUCUUCAGCCUGCAAAUCCUCCGCCUACAGGACAACUCCAUCGAAACCAUCCAUGAAAACACAUUCGCUGAGCUGACGGCCCUGCACACCCUGGUCAUCUCAAACAACCGCCUUUCGAACAUCGAAUAUUUUACGUUUCAAGGUCUGAGCCGGCUGACGUUGCUCUCGCUGGACUACAACCGGAUAUCCCGGAUCGAUCGAGUUGCCUUCAAGAACCUGUCGACGUUGCAUGAUUUGCACUUGAACGGUAACAAACUCUUGCAAGUUCCGGACGCUUUGUACGACGUCCCAUUGCUGCGAACACUCGAUCUUGGAGAAAACCACAUCAGCAAUAUCGACAACGCCAGUUUCAAAGAUAUGAUCCACAUGUACGGCUUGCGACUGACCGAGAACAAUAUCGAAUUGAUCAAGAAAGGCACGUUCGAUGCGAUGAAAUCGCUUCAGAUUCUGAAUCUGUCCAAGAAUCGACUGAAAAAGGUGGAAGCGGCGUGUUUCGAUAACAAUACAAAUCUGCAGGCGAUCCGCUUGGAUGGGAAUUACCUGACGGAUAUCUCCGGGCUGUUCACCAAGCUACCGAAUCUGGUGUGGCUCAACAUUUCCGACAACCAUCUGGAGGUGUUUGACUAUGCGCUGAUUCCGACCGGGUUGCAAUGGUUGGAUAUCCAUGCAAACAAAAUUGCCGAGUUGGGAAAUUACUUCGAGAUCGAGAGUCAGCUGGCGCUGAGUACGAUCGAUGCGAGCUCCAAUCAGCUGACGGAGAUCACCGGGAGUGCCAUUCCGAAUAGCGUGGAGUUGUUGUACUUGAAUGAUAAUCUAAUAUCUAAGGUGCAGUCGUAUACAUUUUUCAAGAAGCCGAAUUUGACCAGGGUGGAUCUGUUUGGGAACAAGAUUACCACGUUGGAUCCGAAUGCGUUGCGGAUAUCGGCAGUGCCAGAUGACCGGCCACUGCCCGAGUUUUACAUAGGAGGAAAUCCGUAUCAGUGUGAUUGUAAUUUGAACUGGCUACAGAAGAACAACGUGGACUCGAGGACACAGCCAAAGCUGAUGGAUUUAGACAGUAUUUAUUGCAAGUUGUUGUACAAUAGGGGAAGGACGUACGUGCCGUUGGUGGAGGCGCUGCCGAAUCAGUUCCUGUGCAAGUACGAGACGCACUGCUUUGCGCUGUGUCAUUGCUGUGAUUUCUACGCGUGCGAUUGUAAGAUGGAGUGCCCGGCGAGGUGUACAUGCUAUCACGAUCAGAGCUGGACGUCAAAUGUUGUGGACUGCUCGAGGGCCGAGUACGAGGAAAAGUUGCCGGAGCAGAUCCCGAUGGACUCGACGCAGAUCUAUUUGGAUGGGAAUAACUUUAGGACGUUGAGCAGUCAUGCGUUUUUGGGUCGGAAGAAGUUAAAGGUUCUGUUUUUGAAUAAUAGCAAUAUCGAGGUGAUUAGCAAUAGGACGUUCUAUGGACUGAAGGAGUUGGAGAUUUUGCAGCUGGAUCAUAAUCAGAUCGGGGAGCUGAAUGGGUUUGAGUUUGUGGGGCUGGAUCGGUUAAAGGAGCUUCUGCUGCAGUACAAUAGGAUCGUGGCGGUUGCGAAUCAUAGCUUUGAUCAUUUGCCUAGCCUGAAGGUGCUGAGGUUGGAUCAUAAUCGGAUCGUGGAGUUCAAUAUGUGGCAUUUGCCGAAACAGUUGACCGACUUGCGGAUGGCAGCGAAUCCAUGGUCUUGUGAUUGUGAGUAUGUGGAAAAGUUCCACGAGUAUCUGAAGACGUAUGACUUUGUGCGGGAUAAACUGAAGGUGCGUUGUUCGGUAACGAUCACGUCCGGCAAUGACACGGCGUUGGUGGUUGGAGGAGCGGUGAAUGGAUCUGCCGGAGCUGUGACGGUUAGCUCGAGGGGAGUCCCGUUGGAAGGCAGCGGGGAGUCGUCGCAGGGUGGUGUUGCUGGUUUCUUGAUUUAUUUGGACAACAGCACAACACUGUGCAGCGGUGCGGUCCCACUCGAUAACAUCAUCAACGGAAACCUGACGUCGCGCAAGACGGUGCUAUCGCCACCGCCGAUCGAAGGCUAUAUCCCGCUGCUGGUGGCUGCGCUCUGUGGCUUCUCCGUGAUCAUCAUAGUGACGCUGAUUGUGUUCGUUUUUCGGCAGGAGAUGCGUGUCUGGUUUCAUUCGCGCUUUGGUGUGCGGUUGUUCUACCGGAAUGCCGAUAUGGACAAGAACGAGCGAGAUAAGCUGUUUGAUGCCUUCGUUUCGUACAGUUCGAAAGAUGAGGCAUUUGUGGCGGAGGAGUUGGCACCGAUGCUGGAGAAUGGUGAUCCUGCGUACAAGUUGUGCUUGCACUAUCGGGACUUUCCCGUGGGUGCGUAUAUAGCGGACACGAUCGUGCAAGCAGUGGAGUCAUCGCGGAGAACGAUCAUGGUCCUAUCGGAGAAUUUUAUCAAAUCCGAAUGGUGUAGGUUCGAGUUCAAAUCUGCCCAUCAUCAAGUGUUGCGAGAUCGACGGAGACGGCUGAUUGUGAUCUUGCUCGGAGAGGUUCCUCAGAAAGAUCUGGAUCCGGACAUUCGGUUAUAUCUGAAAACCAACACCUACCUUCAAUGGGGUGAUAAGCUGUUCUGGGAGAAGCUGCGAUUUGCCCUACCGGACGUGCCAAACAACCAAAGGCGUCGUCAGCAGCAAUCGAUCAGCAUGACUCAUUCGACCAACAUUCGAAACAACUAUCAGCUUACUCGAACACCAAAUAAUAGGAAUAACACCAGUAACCAGUUGAUCAUGCUCCAACAGCAGCAGCCACCGCAGCCGGACCCCAGACUGAGGCAGCAGCAACAACAGCAGCAGGAGCAUUCUUCUCUGCAGCAGCAACCACUUCCGCUGCCGGGACUUGUGCAGCAACCACAGCCACCGCAACUGUUGCAACAUCAGCGACAGCAGCAGCAGCAGCAGCAACAGCAGCAGCAACAACAGGAGCAACAGCAACGGGGGGCCGGCAAUGCCUCGCCCCGGACCGUGGGGAUCCACAUAUGACCCCGGCCUACAGUGUGAUAUAGUGAGACCCCUUUUUGUAAAAUAAUCGAUGAACUGAUUAGGUGAAUUUUAGGAAUUUUCCCCCGAACGCGAAACAAAUGUGAUAUUUAUCGUUAAGUCAGUUUAAAUUAUGAUCCGUACUCGAAACGAAGACGUGACGUGUAUAAAAUGACCCCUAUAGAUCCUAAGACCCAACCCCGACGUCCUGUAAACAAUACGAAACAUAAAACAAGGUGCAAUUCUGUUCUCUCGCUCUCACCCGAAACCUCAAACCUCAAGAAAAAUAGAACAAGUGACAUUCCAGAGCUGAAGAAACAACUAAAGUGUUGCUACUGUCUGUUCAAAGCAAAAUCGGAGCACAGCGAUCGCUUAUAGCAAGUGAGUGAGAGUGAUAUCGUCUUUCUUAACCCAUCAACUUCGGCAAAAAAAAAAACCGACAACAUCAAGCAGUUCAAUACCCAAGGCAGCAGAAGAGGAAAAUUAAUGAAGUUCAAGUUACAUACAGAGUAGAAGAAAAUAGCUUGAAAACAACAUGUGUUAACACACAAAAGAAAGAAGUCACCUCCGUCGUCGUCGUCCCAGGAAUGACAAACACAAAUCAAAUGCAAAUUCAAGUGUGCCGCUGUGGUGAAACAAGUCUUUGGAAGAUAGAAGAAAAAGUAGUGCUGCAGGUCGAUCGUCGUCGUACUCUUUCUUGGUGGAAAUAAUUGUUACAUCGAUCAAGAAGCCCUGUCUCGCAUUUUCCCAGCCGGUAAUGACAGUGGCUAUCUCUACCAAAGUGGAUGAAAAAGUAAAUGAAAAUUGUUCGCUCCAUUCUCGAACGAGAUCCGACAUGACGACGACGAAGAAGAAGAAGAAUCAAAAGAAGAGCUUUGACAACUGUGAAGAAGAGGCAGAAGAUCCGCGAUCGCCGCGCGAUCGCAAUUUAAUAAUGAUAGUGACAUUCUCCGGAGUCGUUACGCUUUCCGUACGCGGUGUCAUCCCCCCUGCGCCCACCCAACUUCGGCCCCUCCUGGUGUGCAUCGAUGGGACUUUAUUACACGAUCAUCAGCAUAAUCAACGUUUAUUAUUCAAUACUUGUUGUGUGUGCAUACACAUACGCACGUGAGAUCCAGUAUCCGAAGGGGACCCGAACGGUCAACAAUUACCACCAGUCUGCGGUGGAAAGGGCAACAUCAGUACCAGCAGCAGUGACAGCCGUUACGAUCCGAGGGAAUGCAAACGCUACCAGUUUCUUGCAUCGGAGCGAGAGAGGACGCCA